AUGCGGCCAGCCAAGCCAGGCGCCCCGCUGCCCGCCAUCCUCCUGCUGGUGCUGGCUCUGUCCCCGCAGGGGACCCAGGCCAGGCCCCGGGGGCGCCGAGCAGCCCGCGUCCCAGAGCCCAAGCCGCUGCUUUUCCUCCCCGCGGCGGGGGCCCGCCCGGCUCCCAGCCCCGCUCGCAGCGCAGAAAUAUUCCCGAGAGAUUUGAACUUAAAAGACAAAUUCAUCAAGCAUUUUACAGGGCCAGUCACAUUUUCAGCUGAAUGUAGCAAACAUUUCCAUCGACUCUACCACAAUACCAGGGAUUGCUCAACGCCAGCUUAUUAUAAAAGAUGUGCUAGAUUGCUAACAAGAUUGGCAGUGAGUCCACUGUGCUCACAGACCUAG